GUAGAUCGAACCUGUUUUUGUGACAUCUUACGCAGUCACCAGAUCAUUGACGUAAGAUAUUUAGUACUAGAAGUUGUAAGUUUUGACUACACACACGGAGGGAUAAAGAGCCAGAGUUUGCGGCGACAAUUCACAUCAGCGAUGAUUUUUCUACUGACUCUCGUCAUAGGUGCUGUAGUCGGGGAGGCGGCUAACCAGCCCACUGAGGGACCCAAUUCUAACAGUAAUAGUGCCUUCGGGAUUUCUGUUGAGGAGCUAAGAGAACUGGUCACCAGACAACCUUUUGUUUCCUCCUGCCAGUACUCAAUCCUGAAGACGAUAAAGAUGUACAACCACGCUCGUAACCAAUGUCGGAAUGUAGACACUAACACAGGGAGAAUAGCUACUAUCCGCUCCAAUCAGGAGAAUAACGCUGUACUCAACCUCUUCAUCGCUACAUACGGACACGGCAUCGAUAACACGUUCUUGAAGAGCAACCCUUCCAAUUACUUGUGGUUAGGACUUACUCGAGAUGACGAGUACAGUGAUUGGAAGUGGGACAAUUCUAACGAAUCUGUUAACUAUACAAACUGGAGACCAAACCAUCCCCAGCCCAUGAGUACAUUCUAUAUUUAAAUUUAAUUUUAAUUGAGAUUUGGUUACUUAUAGUUAUUAAUUACGGACUCUACGUCUAGACAUAAAUGCAGCUUUA